AUGUACACGGUGAUGUUUAUCCUCUGCGCACUGGGCGUUUUGCUGCCUGUCGCCGCUAAGAGCUUGGUUAGUCUGAUGGGUAAUCACGACGAACGAUAUACAAGUACCUCUCACAUCGAUGUUGGCUCAUCAGCUCCGGCAGACGUCGGACAGCAUUCUCGCAAGUAUGACGUUGAUGCUUUGGAGGAAAGGCCCGACUGCCAUGUCAUCAAGCUUAUGAAACGCAACCCGUUAGCUUGUCAUCGAGAAAUCGGAGGCAAAGAACAGCACGUCUCUACACAAUCAGAACUUGAAGUUUCGAAGGUGUCAAUGCAGAGCAUGGGCGGGCUGGAGAUUCAGUGGGCUAGUAAACCGCCCUCGACCGCCCCUGCGGGCGCUUUGAAGCCCACUAUGGCGAUUAAAAAUGAGAGCAUCUAUCAUCUUUUGGUCAGUAUUGUUACUACAACUGGGGAUGGCAAAUUUGCGCCGUUAGGUUUGGCGGCAGUCUAG